AUAUAAGCAUUUCGAGAAAAGAAAAUGUAGUAUGUUGAAUUGAAUCUAAAUAAAAACAUAAGAUGCGCGAUUACGGAGGCAUGAAUUAGUUAAUUUAUGAAAGUUAACAUGGUGCUAAGAUGUAGUCUUCCUCCAUUAUUUAUUUUGAUAGUUACGGUAACUAGUUCCAAUGGACAACAAUGGCGUCAAGAUGAUGAAGGAUGCAUAGCUACAAAUGGACAAACUGGAACCUGUAUUCCAGUUCGUAUGUGUCCAACUAUGGUAAAAGCACUUUUAACAGUUAAAAGACCUUUAUCGAAAGAAGCUCGUGAGCAACUUGAAUCUUAUUUAUGUAGUAUAGCGAAUGACUACAAAGUUUGUUGUCCAUCUAGUCCGAUUAAUAUCAAAGAAGAUACAAUAGAUACAAGUGAGGUUAGCGAAUCGGCGGAUAUAAUUCAGCAUCCAAAUUACCAUUUACUACCAAGUAAUUGUGGAUACAUCGAUUUAGGCUCCGUGAGAGUACUUCAUGGGGAUAAAGCAGGUCUGACAGAAUUUCCGUGGAUGGCACUUUUAAGUUAUAGGGAAGCCGAUAAUAAAGCGCAUUUCAAAUGUGCAGGAACAAUAAUCAAUUCACGAUAUAUUUUAACUGCAGCUCAUUGUUUAGAAGAGAGAUCUAGACUUCUGGGCGCUAGGGUAGGAGAAUACGAUAUAUAUAAUAAGAGCGAUUGCUUUGCAGGAGUUUGCAAUGAUCCAGUGCAAGAUUUGAUAGUUGAAGAAGUUAUUGUCCAUUCUAAAUAUCAAAUUAUCGAUAAUUCGAAUGAUAUUGCGAUAUUACGAGUAACACCUAUUCGAUUUAACGAAAAAAAUAUUAAACCAAUUUGCUUACCACGCGCAAAAAACCUGGAACCCAAAGACGAUUAUGUAGAAGUGACUGGUUGGGGCGUUACAAAACAGUUUACAUCUAAACGAAGUGACAUUUUGCAAAAAGCUUUUUUACCAGUAGUCAACAAAACGGCUUGUCAGGAAAUAUAUGCAAAUAAUACAGAAAUAACAAUUGAUGACACCAAAAUAUGUGCAGGGGGAGGUGUAAAGAAAACAAAUGCUUGCAAUGGAGACAGUGGGGGUCCUAUACAGCAGAGAAGACAGUUUAACGAUGGCAUGAGGUACAUUCAACUUGGUAUAGUGAGUAUUGGUAUAGAAGGAUGCGAUAUUCCUGAAAUAUUUACAAAAGUGGCUCAUUACAUGGAUUGGAUAUUGGAUAAUAUGAAACCGUAGUUAGUCAACAAUAGAAUAUUUAUUAAUUGAUUAUUGUACUAAUAUAAAAAUAUUGUUAAAA